AAACGAAUUCGGCCUGCAAAUUUUACUAGGGAGCGGUGCCGUUCAGGCUGGCUCCGAGAUUCACUACGAGCGUACCGUUGAAAGUACAAGCUUUCCGUAUCCAGCAGCAUUUCGGAAGAUGUUUCGGGCGCAGUCACAGGUACAGGUCCAAACACAGCCACAUGAUGAGGAGAAUCGAGGUGGGGGGGAUUUGAGAGAUGUUGUUCAGCCGCCAGUUAUGCCGGAUGCGGUCAGACUCGGAGAACAGGUCCAAGAAAGACGUGAGUGGAAGUGGAGCAUCACCAAUCGCUGGCUUGGCGUCACGGGCACCUCGGCCAUCGAGUUCGACACCCAGAACCAACCGGUUUAUGUGGUCCUGGGUAUAUUCCCCCGUGGUUAUUCUAUCCCGCGAGAACGGGCCGUGUUUAUCCAUGAGCCGAAACAAUUAUUCUGGGAGCUCCGUUGGGCAGCAAUUCGUCUGCGUGGGCUGACCAGCACCCUUUUUUCCCUAAGACACGUGCAAGGUUUCAAAUUGUACAAAUGUGAUAUCGAGAACGGGACCCACGAACGCAUCAAUCUCGACAGUAAUGGGGUCGCGGAUUUGCAGCUUCUUUUGCAUACGUACAAGAGCUGGCAUGUCCCCAACUAUAUCACGCAGGCCUGGGCGAAUUGGAUCCACCAGACGCUAAAUAACGGUUCACACGACGUGCUCAAAGGGAUGUACGCGCUUGAGCUUGUACUAGACUGGUCGGUAACCCGAAUUACGAUCGUGGUGUUCCUACCGGUGCUUCUAAGCUUAGCAAUCGGGCUCUGGCUCAACGCGAGCGCGUGGACGGACCUUGCAACAAUUCAGACCGCUUGGGGGACUGCGUCUUAUGUUGUGACUGCUGGAGGCUUACUUGCGGCAUUGCUGGGUAUUUUAAGCAGCAUUGCGGAAAACUAG